AUGCCAAAAGUUCCUUAUUCUAGUGCAGUUGGUAGCAUUAUGUAUGCUAUGGUUUGCACUCGCCCUGAUAUUGCUCAAGCAAUGAGUGUGGUAAGUCGAUUCAUGUAUAAUCUGGGUAAGACACAUUGGGAAGCAAUUAAGUGGAUACUGAGAUAUCUUAAAGGUUCUUCGAAUGUUGGUCUAACUUUUUGUAGGAUGAGAAAUGAAGGUUUUUCGGUCCUUGAUUAUGUGGAUUCUUAUUUUGCAGGUGAUCUUGAUAGAAAGAGAUCAACAACGGGCUAUAUCUUUACUCUUGCAGGUAGUGUCAUAAGUUGGAAGGCAACUCUCCAGUCUAUAGUUUCUUUGUCCACAACAAAAGCUGAAUAUAUGGCAGCAGCAGAAGCAGUAAAGGAGGCUAUGUGGUUGAAAGGUUUGGUGUCAGAAUUGAGUAGGGUUCAACAUGAACCAACUCUAAAAUAUGAUAGCCAUAGUGCUAUUCACUUGAUAAAAAAUCAGAGAUUUCAUGAUCACACCAAACACAUUGAUAUCAGAUUCCAUUUUAUUCGUAAUGUUGUUGAACAAGGCACAGUUAAGGUCUUGAAGGUUGACACAAAGGACAACGCAACGGAUGUGUUGACCAUGGUGGUUACUCUCGUCAAGUUCAGUCAUUGUAUGUAUUUGGCAGGAGUUCGCAUCUACUGA